CCCGCGGAGAAGCGCUUAGGGACCGUGAAUGAAGGGCUGCUUGAAACCGUUUAUCACUGUGCUGCAAUGUGGAGUCAGCGUAUCAACUUUACAGAGACAGAGCUGCAGAUUCAACAGGAGUGGCGGAGAAAGUUUCUUAUAUUGUGUUGUAAGGGAAAGGAGGGCCGAGCUCAAAAGGAGGCAGAUGUUUGGGGAUUCUGAUGAUGAAAUAUGUGGAGUAGUCUCGAAAAAAAGGGGUCAUGAAUACCUGAACGCAAAACUCUGAGCUGGAGGAUAGUUUGUGAUUCGCCGUGUAGCCUACGAGGUAUCGGACACGUCUGGAGCUCCAGAUCGGAUUGGAGGAAUAUCCCAUUGUAGCAGAACAAGAACAUUCUGGCAAUCAAUGAUGGCGUUACGGGAAGUCAGUACAUGCCUCUUAUUCAUCACAACACUUCUGCUUGGACUGUCUUCCACCCAGUAUCAUGGAGAGAAGGGUAUCUCUGUUCCAGAGCACGGGUUCUGCCAACCCAUAUCUAUCCCCUUGUGCACAGACAUCCAGUAUAACCAAACUAUCAUGCCAAACCUCCUGGGACACACCAACCAGGAGGACGCAGGACUGGAGGUGCACCAGUUCUACCCCCUGGUCAAAGUUCAGUGUUCUCAAGAUUUGAAGUUUUUCCUCUGUUCCAUGUAUGCGCCGGUGUGUACGGUUCUGGAACAGGCAAUACCUCCCUGUCGCUCUCUGUGUGAGCGUGCGAGACAAGGGUGCGAGGCCCUCAUGAACAAGUUCGGCUUCCAGUGGCCUGAACGACUCCGCUGUGAGAACUUUCCAGUUCACGGAGCAGGAGAGAUCUGUGUGGGACAGAACAAAUCAGACCCCGACAUCCCGACGACAGACCCCACGCCUUAUAUACCGGACCCCUUCACUCCACGCAUGCAUGUGCCACGCCACGGUCAGGCUUUCACUUGCCCCCUUCAACUCACAGUCCCUUCCUACCUCAAUUAUCAGUUUUUAGGCGCGAAAAACUGCAGCGCCCCUUGUGAGCAAAAACAGCCGCAUGGCCUGAUGUACUUCAAGGAGGAAGAGGUCAGAUUCGGUCGGCUCUGGGUGGGAAUCUGGUCAAUCCUGUGCUGCGUGAGUACCCUGUUCACGGUCCUCACUUACCUUGUGGAUAUGCGCCGGUUCCGUUACCCGGAACGCCCCAUCAUCUUCCUCUCCGGGUGUUACUUUAUGGUGGCAGUGGCUUACGCGGCCGGGUUUAUGCUGGAGGAUAAGGUGGUCUGCAUUGACAAGUUCAAGGAUGAUGCUUAUAGGACUGUGGCUCAAGGGACUAAAAAAGAAGGUUGCACCAUUCUCUUCAUGAUCUUGUAUUUCUUCGGCAUGGCCAGCUCAAUCUGGUGGGUGAUCCUGUCUCUCACAUGGUUCCUUUCUGCUGGAAUGAAAUGGGGCCAUGAAGCAAUCGAAGCCAAUUCUCAUUUCCACCUGGCAGCGUGGGCCGUCCCCGCUGUGAAGACCAUCACCAUCCUCGCCUUGGGACAAGUGGAUGGCGACCUUCUGACCGGCGUAUGUUAUGUGGGCAUCUAUAAUGUUGACGCCUUACGUGGAUUUGUCCUCGCCCCCUUGUUCGUUUACCUCUUCAUCGGGACGUCUUUUCUUCUGGCUGGAUUUGUCUCGUUGUUCCGAAUCCGUACCAUUAUGAAGCAUGAUGGCACCAAGACAGAAAAGCUGGAGAAGCUGAUGGUGCGUAUCGGUGUUUUCAGCGUCCUCUACACCGUUCCAGCUACUAUCGUCAUUGCGUGUUACUUCUACGAACAAGCAUUCCGUGAGCAGUGGGAAAAAACCUGGCACAUGCAGACGUGCAAGCGUUUUGCCGUGCCGUGCCCGGCCAACAACUUUGCGCCAAUGACGCCAGAUUUCACCGUGUUUAUGAUCAAGUACCUCAUGACUAUGAUCGUAGGAAUCACGUCAGGAUUCUGA